CCUCCCCCUUUUGGCAGUCACAUGUGCGGUUUCUGCUCUCCCGUGACACUUUUGAACAAAUAAUAGGGGAACGAGGCGUGCUAUGGCUGCCGGGUUGUUAUUGGGCAGCACAUCUUUCACAGCCACAUCCAACUCUCGGGACAGCUCAGCCCCUGUCCGCUGUCCACUGCGCAUCUGACCCGGGACAUCUUCCAGCAGAGACACAGCGCAGAGACAGCGCAGAGACAGCCGGACUCAAGAGGACCACAACAAGAAAGGGGGUUCAAGCAGGAAGUGGGUGAAACUGUCUGGGGAGGUUGAGCGGGGACAAGCAGACAGGCCCUUCUCACCAACCAUGUCAAACGAACGCACCCCUCUGAUCACCUCAGGGGUAUGCGGUCUGGCGGUGACUGCGGUGGCGUGCGGCGCGGAGUCGGACGAAUCCGGCUCUGGCACUCCGAGCAAAGACCCUCGAAAACUGAAUACCUUUUUUGGGGUGAUGGUGCCGACCAUCCUCUCCAUGUUCAGCAUCGUGCUGUUCCUGAGAACCGGGUUUGUGGUUGGUCACGCGGGGCUCUUACAGGGUCUUUUAAUGUUGAUUGUAGCCUACACCAUCAUAUCUCUUACUAUACUCUCCAUCUGCGCCAUUUCCACCAACGGUGCUAUACAAGGUGGGGGAGCCUACUACAUGAUAAGUCGGUCUCUGGGCCCAGAGUUUGGUGGAAGCAUUGGUUUAAUGUUCUUCCUGGCCAAAGUUUGUGCAUGUGGAGAGUACGUUCUUGGCCUUGUGGAGGCGAUCCUUGAUGUAUUCGGGUCGGAUCCGGAGUCACCUGUGUCCAGCGGGGUGCGGGUGCUUCCUCAGGGUUACUGGUACACAGUGCUGUACUCCUCAGUAGUCCUUCUGCUGUGUCUGCUUGUGUGUCUUGUGGGCGCCCACAUCUACUCCCGCACCGCCUUCGUCAUCCUGCUGGUGGUCACUGUAUCCUUGCUGUCCAUCUUCAUCAGUUCUGUGGCGGUCAAACCACAGGAUAUUUUCAUCACCCACCACGGACCUGGCAACCAGACCGUCCACUACAACGCCAGCUACACGGGUUUCAAUGCCACAACUCUGAGGAACAACCUGGGCUCUGGUUACACUUUGGACUACAGCACCAACUCUGUCAUGUCUUUUGCCACUGUGUUUGCCGUCAUGUUCACCAGCUGCACUGGGAUCAUGGCCGGAGCCAACAUGUCAGGGGAGCUGAAGACUCCGAGUGUUUCCAUCCCUAAAGGCACCAUCAUAGCUGUCUUUUACACGUUCACAGUUUACGUCCUCCUCUUCAUCUUGGUCAGCGCCACCUGUGACAGGAUCCUGUUGAUUCAGGAUUAUGGGUUCCUACAAAAAAUAAACCUCUGGCCGCCAUUUGUCACCAUCGGGAUAUACUGCGCCUCUCUGUCGGCUGCAAUGUGCGCUAUGAUCGGAGCGUCCCGCAUCCUCCACGCUCUUGCUCUGGAUCAACUAUUUGGUCUGCCGUUGGCCCCAGCUGCCAUCACAUCAAGCUCUGGGAAUCCGUGGGUGGCGGUGCUGUACACCUGGGGUCUGGCACAGUGUGUAGUGUUUGCAGGACAGCUCAAUGCUGUAGCAAGUUUGGUGACUGUUUUCUACUUGCUUGCCUACGCUGCGGUUGACCUGGCCUGUUUGGCUCUUGAGUGGGCGUCGGCACCAAAUUUCAGACCAACCUUCCAGCUCUUCUCCUGGCACACCUGCCUGCUGGGGAUCCUGAGCUGUUUGGUGAUGAUGUUCGUCAUUAACCCUGUGUACUCCUCGGGCAGCAUCGUCCUCCUGUUGGUGCUGCUGCUUUUCCUCCACUUUAGAUCGCCCACAAGCAGCUGGGGCUACAUCAGCCAGGCUCUCAUUUUCCAUCAGGUGCGUAAGUAUCUGUUGAUGCUGGAUGUGAGGAAAGACCAUGUGAAGUUCUGGAGGCCACAGGUGUUGUUAAUGGUGGCCAACCCUCGCUCUUCCUGUCAGCUCAUCCUGUUUGUCAACCAGCUGAAGAAGGGAGGGCUGUUUGUGUUGGGCCACGUGCAGCUGGGAGAUCUGGACACCCUGCCAUCAGACCCGGUCCAGCAGCAGUACAACUUCUGGUUGAGCCUCGUUGAUAAACUCGGGGUGAAGGCCUUUGUAGACCUGACACUGUCUCCCUCCGUCAGACAGGGAACACAGCAUCUACUGCGCAUCACAGGGCUAGGUGGCAUGAAGCCCAACACUCUGGUUUUGGGUUUUUAUGACAGCUGCACUCCUGAGGACUUCUUCCUACAAGACACCGCGUUCUGUGACUCUUCGAUUGGACGAGGGACUGAAGGCGAAUAUAAUUUUGGGGUUGACUUGCCUUCAUUACAGGCCCAUUUCCCCCCAGUCCGACACGUUGAGAGUCCACGCUGGCUAUCACCCGAGGAGUACGUAGGGAUCAUUUCCGACGCUAUUAAAAUGAGCAAGAACGUGUGCCUCGCCCGCUAUUUCUUCCAGUUAGAGGGAGAGGGUAAAGAUAGCAAGGUGGACGGGUCAGAGCGGACUAUAGAUGUGUGGCCUCUCAACCUGCUCCAGCCAGGCAGUCGUGAUUAUGAGGAUGUGUGCAGCCUCUUUCUGCUGCAGAUGGCCUGUGUACUCAACAUGUCCAACAAGUGGCGCCACGCAAGAAUGAGAAUCUUCCUGAAUGUGGAGACCGAGUCCAGCGACCAGGGCUGGGUGGUAAACGAAGAGACGUUUCGAGAGUUGCUGAGGAAGCUGAGGAUCAGGGCGUCGAUAAAGAUUGUGCCGUGGGACACUGUGGUGCAGCACCACAUUCAGCCAGACGAGGAGCCUUCAGGAGCUCUGUCCGAGGACUUCCUGUCCGCAGUGAACUGUAUGUUGAUGGAGAACAGCUCGCAAGCUGCUGUUCGCUUCCUGUAUUUACCUCGACCUCCUGCUCAUCACAGCCAGUCGCAGCAGUACCUGGCUCAGGUGGAAGCAGUGACCAACAGUUUAGGGCCAACUCUCCUGAUUCACGGUGUCACCCCCGUCACAUACACGGAUCUGUGAGCAUGUACGGUCAUGAGUUUUGUCAUGUUGUAUGAUCUGAUAUCGUAUACGCAGCGACCAAAGUAUAAACUCUUGUUAUAUGUCAAAUUAACACAUAAUGUAAUGAAAAGUGGAUGUUAAGCUAUAAUAUGUAGCACCAGUUACAAUACUUUCACCUAAUGCAGCUUUUUUGUCGUUUUAUGAUGCUUAGAAAAGGACCACAGUCUAGUGCAUUUUGAAUAAAUAUGCCACUUGAGCUUUUUGCAUUCAGAUAGGAUAUUUUCCUAUUUUCACAUACUUGAACUGGCUCAGCGACUGAGCAAAGACAUGGGAGAAUACUAAUGUUUGCGUGGUGUGAUUUAUGUUGAUAUAACCUCCUGUUUGCAUUAGCUUUAGGCCUGUCUUUUGACAUAAGACAAAAAUAAAACUGUCAAAGACUCCUCAGAACUAUUUGUUUUGAGCAAUACGGGUUGUCUAUGAUACUGAAUAUAGAAAUGUCUAUAUAAUUAGAAUAUCAGGGAUCAAAUGAAGAAUUUGUGGUAUUUUCUGAUAAGAAUUGACCACUUAUUAGAACUAUUAGAAAUUAGAACUUAUUUUCCUGGUUCAGUUUCUAAAUGGUAUCGUAUCAAUGCAUUAUAUUUGUUGUUUAAACUGUAUUUUUGCUUCUUGCUUUUCCAUACUUUCUCCCUAUUCCUGAUGGUUGUUGGACGAAGUGAUUCAAAGAGUUUGUGUUUCUGAGCUGAACUGAGUUUGGAUAAUUGUUUCCCAUGCACUUCUGCAAACAUAUUUUAUUUUACUGUUAACUGUGCAUCUCUAGUCUUCACAACGGGAACCUUUUGUAUGUUUAACCUCAGAAUGAUUAACAGCAUGUGCUGCUGUUUUAUGUGCUAACUUAAGCAAAAUGUAUUGCUUCAUGAUACAGACUGUCAGAAAUACACCAAAAAGGGUUACACUGGUGGACACUUUGGAGGUCCAUCCUAAUACAGCCUCAGUCAGGACCAGGACCAAUGAUGAUUCAGUCAAGAUUGAAACCAGAGCAAGUUGUCACAUCUUUACACAACAAUUAAUUUACCAUGCUUACAAAAUACAGAAUAAAAUGUUACUGCAUUGCUGCCAUGUUUAGUUUCACAGUGUCGCAACACUCACAUGGACCUUUGAACAAAACACAAAUAGGAAGUUGCUGAGAAAGCCUGUUGUGGUUAAUGGUCAAUGAGAAAGCCUUAAAGGACUGACACUUGUAUACUAAUGGUCUGUAGAUGUACAUAUUAAACUGCUAUUUGUCAUAAAGGUAAAUAUAUGCCAAA